AGGCUUAAGUUAUCAAGAUGGGCAAACCGUGAGGUCGCACCUUUAACUGUUGGAAUUAGAAUUCGAGGGAAUUAGAGUUAGAGGGAGAACCGGAGAACGUGGAUGAAACCAUCAGAGCGCAGAAACGAGAACAAACAACAAACCCAACCCACUAAUGACACUAUUCCCAAAACAUAACGCUAAAAUCUUAAAGGUGAAUUAAGGCUAAUUAUCAAGCAUUGCAAUAAUUCUCUCUACAGAUCAGCUUUUCUACUUCACAAGUUGAAGGAAGAGACUACGACACGCUGCAACGCCGCUAUGAUGGCCUUUGGAGUGAAAACGAAAAAAUGAGAAAGGAGCUGGAAGAGGUGAAAGCAAGAACCCGAUACUCUACGAGUACUGAAAGUCAAUGGCAAGAGAACCGAGAGAAGGAGAGGCUCCGUUCCGAGAACAUCACACUACAGGCUCAAAUUGAGGCGCUGAAGAAGGAGGCGGCUGAUUUAAGCACAAGAUCUGACCACACCAUGAGAGUGCACACUAGUUCAGUCCAGAUAGACAGCAAUGAAGAAUUCUAUCGUCAGGAGAUCAAAGAUAGGGAUGCAGUUAUCGACAAGCUACGAUCGGAAACGAUGACUCUGCAUGCUGAAAUUGAAGGACUGAGGCGUGACAUACGAUCUUUCCACAGCAGGACCGAGUUUGAAGCUUUACAGUUGAAGUACGACGAGAUACUGAAAGACAGGGAUACACUCCGUGAGAAAUUGAUGGAGGUAAGGACCACGAGCGAGAGAGAUGUGUCUGUUCACAUUGAAAGCCGCAUGGAAGGCUUCCAACAAGAGGUAAGAGAUCGGGAAGCCCUGAUCGACAAGUUGCGCUCAGAGAACCUGAUUGUCAAGAACGAACUUGAAUCAUUGAAGAGAGAGGUCAGCGGAAAGGAAUCUGACACAGAUGUUUACCUGAAAGACAUUGAACGCCUCAGGCAAGAGAUCGCAACCUUGAAGACCAGCAGUUCAGAUUACGACACUCUGAAGAAGACUUACGAAGAAGUGUGCAAGGAAAGGGAUUUUGUACGUAAACAGCUGUUCGAGUGCAAGACACAAAGCGAGAACGAAAUCUCAGUUCACCUCGAGAGCUAUUAUCAAGCCUAUAAACAAGACGUUAGAGAGAAAGAAAUUGCCAUUGAUCGGAUGCGUACAGAAAAUACCACUUUGAGGGCUGAGUUGGAGGCCUUAAGAAGAGAAAUGGCAACUUUCUACAAGAGAACAGAGUACGAGUCUUUGAAGCUUCAAUACGAUGAGAUGUGGAAAGAAAGGGACGCCCUCCGAGAGGAGCUGAUAGAUUUCAAGUCAAAAUCUGAGCGCGAUGUUCUGAUCCAAGUGGAGAACAAGACUAUGAUCAUCCAAAAAGAGAUCAGAGAAAAGGAAAUGGAGAUCGCCAAGCUUCGCUCCGAGGCCAUGUCCAUUCAGAUGAACUUUGAUGUGCUCAAGCGAGACUUUGAGAGCAAGCAACACUUGAUCGAAGGCUUCCAAUCCGAGAUUGAGCGACUCAAAGGUGACAUUAUCACACUCAAGUCAACAACGGUCACCACCACAGAAUACGAGUCACUGCAACGAAUGUACGAAGACGUGUUGAAGGAGAGGGAUGCCAUUCGACUUGAGCUGAUUGAGUUUAGAUCCAACAGCGAGCGUGAACUUGCUAUCCAAGUGGAAAACCAAAUCAGAGUCUACCGUGAGGAUAUCAGGGAGAAAGAAGUCGCCAUUAGCAACUUCCGCUCUGAAAACAUGAAGUUCCAAGCAGAGUUUGAGACGUUCAAGAGAGAAGCUGACAGCAAGCAGUAUAUGAUAGAUGGAUACUUGGUGGAGAUCGACCGCCUGAAGAACGAGAUCAAUGCAUUAAACAAACGCAUUGUGGAGUUCGAGUCUGUCAAGCGAUCUUACGAAGAUGUCUGCCGAGAACGUGAUUACAUCCAGAGGCAGUUUGCAGAUUUCAAAUCCAGGAGCGAACAAGAUACAACCUUUCAAAUUCAAAUCCAAACUGAUGGUUUCCGACAAGAGAUCAAAGAGAAAGAUCUGGCCAUUGAAAGAUUCUCGUCCCAGAACAAACUUCUUAUGGAAGAGGUUGAUGGAUUGAAGAGGGAACGAAGCACUUUCUACAGCAAAUCAGAAUACGAUUCCUUGAGGCAACAGUAUGAAGAAAUGUGGAAAGAAAGAGAUGCUCUUCGUGGACAGAUUGCUGAGCUAAGAUCCAAGAGUGAAAGGGACCUAAUCGUUCAGAUAGAAAGUCGCACCGAAACGUACCGCACAGAGAUAAGAGAGAAAGAAACCAUCAUCAGUCGCUUGCAGUCCGAGAGCAUGAAGUACCAGACAGAAAUAGAUGGUCUGAAGAGGCAACUGGGCAACCAGGAGGCUUAUCUGAUUGAAAUUGAACGCCUAAAGAAAGAAGUUAACGCACUGAGAUUCCCAGACAUCCGUGGUAGCGCAGAGUUUAUCUCCUUGCAGCGAACUUACGAAGAAGUUUGUAAAGAACGAGAUGCAUUAAGAGGCCAAGUUGUUGACAUCAAGAUGAAGGGAGAUCAAGAGCACGAAAACCAAGUGAGAAUCUACCGUGAAGAAAUCAGGGAGAAAGAAGAAGAAAUCAACAGACUUCGAUCAGAGGGCAUGACAUUCAAGGCUGAAAUUGAAGGAUUCAAAAGAGACCUCGGCAACCAAGAGGCUUAUCUGAUUGAAAUUGAACGUUUGAAGAAAGAGGUUAACACACUGAGAUUCCCAGACAUCCGUGCCAGCGCAGAGUUUAUCUCCUUGCAACAAACUUACGAAGAAGUUUGCAAAGAGCGAGACGCACUGAGAGGCCAAGUUAUUGACAUCAAGAUGAAAGGAGACCAAGAGCAUGAAAGCCAAGUCAGAAUCUACCGUGAAGAGGUCAGAGAGAAAGAAGUAGAAAUCAACAGACUUCGAUCAGAAGGAAUGGCAUUCAAGGUUGAAAUUGAAGGAUUUAAAAGAGAUCUCGGCAACCAGGAGGCCUAUCUGAUUGAAAUUGAACGCCUCAAGAAGGAAGUUACCACACUUAGAUUCCCUGACAUCCGUGGUAGCGCAGAGUUUAUCUCCUUAAAGCGAACCUACGAAGAAGUCUGUAAAGAACGAGACGCAUUGAGAGGCCAGGUUGUUGACAUUAAGAUGAAGGGAGACCAAGAGCAUGAGAACCAAGUCAGAAUCUACCGUGAAGAGAUCAGAGAGAAGGAAGUAGCAAUGGAAAAUCUUCGCGUGGAAAGCAUGUCAUUUAAGGCCGAAAUUGAAAGAUUAAAGAGAGAUCUCGGUAAUCAAGACGCCUAUUUGAUUGAAAUAGACCGCUUGAAGAAGGAAGUCAACACAUUAAGGUUCCCAGACAUCCGUGGCAGCGCAGAGUUUAUCUCCUUGCACCGAACUUACGAAGAAGUUUGCAAAGAACGAGAUGCACUGAGAGGCCAAGUGGUUGACAUCAAGAUGAAGGGAGACCAAGAGCAUGAAAGCCAAGUGAAAAUUUAUCGCGAAGAGAUCAGCGAGAAAGAAAUGGAAAUCAACAGGCUUCGAUCAGAAGGAAUGGCAUUCAAGGCUGAAAUUGACGGAUUCAAGAGAGACCUCCGCAACCAGGAAGCCUAUUUGAUCGAAAUUGAACGCCUCAAGAAAGAAGUCAACACAUUAAGGUUCCCGGACAUCCGUGGUAGUGCGGAGUUCGUCUCCUUACAGCGCACAUACGACGAGGUUUGCAAAGAACGAGAUACACUGAGAGGCCAGGUUAUAGAUAUCAAGAUGAAGGGAGACCAAGAGCAUGAAAACCAAAUCACAAUGUACCGUGAAGAGAUUAGAGAGAAGGAAAUUGAAAUCAACAGACUUCGCACCGAAAUCAUGACAUUUAAGGCAGAAAUUGAAGGAUUGAAGAGGGACCUGACGACCACUAAGCAGCGAAGUGAGAUAGAGGUGGAACGCGUUAGGAAGGAAUCAUCAGUAAUAAGCCCUUCCGUUAUCCGCAGCAGUGCCGAGUUUGUCACCCUACAACGAUCAUAUGAAGCAAUCUGCCAAGAGAGAGACAGCCUCCGCCAGCAAAUGAUCGACACGAGAACAAAGAACGAGCGUGAAGUGUCCAUUCAAAUCGACAAUCAAGCAAGAGUUUACCGUGAAGAAAUCAAGGAGAAAGAUGCCGCUUUACAGAUGCUUCGUUCAGAAGCGAUCACACUUCGAGCUGAAGUCGAGUCGCUAAAGCGUGACCUCCGAAUUGCACAGGAAACACCUGUACAUGACACGAAGAUGGAACAAGAACUGUUUAACCUGAGAACAAAGUUUGCCAAACUCCAAGAAGAAUACAACAUCGUCAUGUUGGCAAAGAGCAAGUUGGAGGAGGAGAUGGUCAUCAAAUCAACAACGGUCACCACCACAGAAUACGAGUCACUGCAACGAAUGUACGAAGACGUGUUGAAGGAGAGAGAUGCCAUUCGACUUGAGCUGAUUGAGUUUAGAUCCAACAGCGAGCGUGAACUUGCUAUCCAAGUGGAAAACCAAAUCAGAGUCUACCGUGAGGAUAUCAGGGAGAAAGAAGUCGCCAUUAGCAACUUCCGCUCUGAAAACAUGAAGUUCCAAGCAGAGUUUGAGACGUUCAAGAGAGAAGCUGACAGCAAGCAGUAUAUGAUAGAUGGAUACUUGGUGGAGAUCGACCGCCUGAAGAACGAGAUCAAUGCAUUAAACAAACGCAUUGUGGAGUUCGAGUCUGUCAAGCGAUCUUACGAAGAUGUUUGCCGAGAACGUGAUUACAUCCAGAGGCAGUUUGCAGAUUUCAAAUCCAGGAGCGAACAAGAUACAACCUUUCAAAUUCAAAUCCAAACUGAUGGUUUCCGACAAGAGAUCAAAGAGAAAGAUCUGGCCAUUGAAAGAUUCUCGUCCCAGAACAAACUUCUUAUGGAAGAGGUUGAUGGAUUGAAGAGGGAACGAAGCACUUUCUACAGCAAAUCAGAAUACGAUUCCUUGAGGCAACAGUAUGAAGAAAUGUGGAAAGAAAGAGAUGCUCUUCGUGGACAGAUUGCUGAGCUAAGAUCCAAGAGUGAAAGGGACCUAAUCGUUCAGAUAGAAAGUCGCACCGAAACGUACCGCACAGAGAUAAGAGAGAAAGAAACCAUCAUCAGUCGCUUGCAGUCGGAGAGCAUGAAGUACCAGACAGAAAUAGAUGGUCUGAAGAGGCAACUGGGCAACCAAGAGGGUUAUCUGAUUGAAAUUGAACGCCUGAAGAAAGAAGUUAACGCACUGAGAUUCCCAGACAUCCGUGCCAGCGCAGAGUUUAUCUCCUUGCGGCGAACUUACGAAGAGGUUUGUAAAGAGCGAGACGCACUGAGAGGCCAAGUUAUUGACAUCAAGACGAAAGGAGACCAAGAGCAUGAGAACCAAGUCAGAAUCUACCGUGAAGAGAUCAGAGAGAAAGAUGUAGAAAUCAACAGACUUCGAUCAGAAGGAAUGGCAUUCAAGGCUGAAAUUGAAGGAUUUAAAAGAGAUCUCGGCAACCAGGAGGCCUAUCUGAUUGAAAUUGAACGCCUCAAGAAGGAAGUUACCACACUUAGAUUCCCUGACAUCCGUGGUAGCGCAGAGUUUAUCUCCUUAAAGCGAACCUACGAAGAAGUCUGUAAAGAACGAGACGCAUUGAGAGGCCAGGUUGUUGACAUUAAGAUGAAGGGAGACCAAGAGCAUGAGAACCAAGUCAGAAUCUACCGUGAAGAGAUCAGAGAGAAGGAAGUAGCAAUGGAAAAUCUUCGCUUGGAAAGCAUGUCAUUUAAGGCCGAAAUUGAAAGAUUAAAGAGAGAUCUCGGUAAUCAAGACGCCUAUUUGAUUGAAAUAGACCGCUUGAAGAAGGAAGUCAACACAUUAAGGUUCCCAGACAUCCGUGGCAGCGCAGAGUUUAUCUCCUUGCACCGAACUUACGAAGAAGUUUGCAAAGAACGAGAUGCACUGAGAGGCCAAGUGGUUGACAUCAAGAUGAAGGGAGACCAAGAGCAUGAAAGCCAAGUGAAAAUUUAUCGCGAAGAGAUCAGAGAGAAAGAAGUAGAAAUCAACAGACUUCGAUCAGAAGGAAUGGCAUUCAAGGCUGAAAUCGACGGAUUCAAGAGAGACCUCGCCAACCAGGAAGUCUAUUUGAUGGAAAUUGAACGCCUCAAGAAAGAAGUCAACACAUUAAGGUUCCCGGACAUCCGUGGUAGUGCGGAGUUCGUCUCCUUACAGCGCACAUACGAAGAGGUUUGCAAAGAACGAGAUACACUGAGAGGCCAGGUUAUAGAUAUCAAGAUGAAGGGAGACCAAGAGCAUGAAAACCAAAUCACAAUGUACCGUGAAGAGAUUAGAGAGAAGGAAAUAGAAAUCAAGAGACUUCGCACCGAAAUCAUGACAUUUAAGGCAGAAAUUGAAGGAUUGAAGAGGGACCUGACGACCACUAAGCAGCGAAGUGAGAUAGAGGUGGAACGCGUUAGGAAGGAAUCAUCAGUAAUAAGCCCUUCCGUUAUCCGCAGCAGUGCCGAGUUUGUCACCCUACAACGAUCAUAUGAAGCAAUCUGCCAAGAGAGAGACAGCCUCCGCCAGCAAAUGAUCGACACGAGAACAAAGAACGAGCGUGAAGUGUCCAUUCAAAUCGACAAUCAAGCAAGACUUUACCGUGAAGAAAUCAAGGAAAAAGAUGCCGCUUUGCAGAUGCUUCGUUCAGAAGCGAUUACACUUCGAGCUGAAGUCGAGUCCUUGAAGCGUGACCUCCGCAUCGCAAAAGAGACCCCUGUACAUGACACGAAGAUCGAACAAGAGCUGUUUAACCUGAGAACAAAGUUUGCUAAGCUCCAAGAAGAAUACAACAUUGUCAUGUUGGCAAAGAGCAAGUUGGAGGAGGAGAUGGUCAUCAAAGUCAACAGUGGAAUGGCUGACAAACAAGACUACAUCUACAAGAUUGAGAAGGAGAAUAGAGAAUUGAAGUCCGAGAACGAGUAUUACGAGAAGACCAUGCAGGAAAAGAAUACAGCUAUUGGUGAUUUGGACCUGAAGAUCAGACACUUGCAGAAAAAGGUUGAAAAUUUAAAGAAAGAGAUUUUUGUCGCUGACGAAGCCUACGAGAAAGCGGAGCUCCGCCUGAAGGAGGUGUUGAAGGCAGACUACAAGCCUGUGACCACAUAUGAAGUUCACCGCUACCGGACCUCAACAGCGGAGUCCCCCUCAGCUACCUAUAGCAGUUCAGCAUCCACCUACACCGUGAACAAUGCCGCAUUCAGUGGUGCUGAUGCUUUGCGGUUUAGUGCCACAUCCACACCAAUGAAAUCCGUUCUCGAUGGCGAACGCACCGACGUUGUACGCAAGACCGGCACCAUAACCUUAUCAACAGGGCUCGACAGUGACCUGGCCAGGGCUGAAGGAAACUUCCAGAGCAGCGAGGAUACCGCAAAAACUACCAAGACCGUGCUGAUAUCAGACAAGGUCGAGGGAAUUACUGAUUCUGGAAGAGUUGGUACUAGUUACCGCUCGACGUAUUCCAUUCAGCCUUCAACUUACAGAAGCAGUUCUGGUACAAGCUACCGCACAAGCACUGGACGUACGUCUGUUUCUGGAGGGUCUGGUAACAGAGCGUCCUAUUCCAGCGGCGGGCGUAAGUACUCUGGCCGCUACUCAGCCACAAGGAAGUUCUACUAGUGUUCCAGAUGCACUGGUCUUGUCGUUAGAAGAGGAACACUAUCUUAUAACGAAUCGUAUGCAAUAGGCAUGCAGUGAAAGGUAUCUUUCGUUUUGAACUUGCACUACCAAUUAAUCAUGAGUGUAUUGUAUCUAACUAAGACUAAAACGGGCUGUGUUAUAACAUCUUAGGUAACUUUCGCAUAAAUAGAGAUUGGCAUGAAAAUGGAAAACGUUGACGUUGCGAAGGAACAGUCGAUUAAUCAAGCAGCUAACAAACAAACAAACAAACAGACUAACAAACAAGCAAAAAGGAAACUGGGCUAUUUUGAAUUGACAAGAGACCAUCAUAGUCUCUCGGAAUCGAAGAUUAGGAAAAACAUACAGCAUUUAAAUUUGUAUUGGAACUGUUUAUACCGUACCUCGGGAAAAGCUCGAUGGUGGGUGACUUAAAUCUUUUUCAAAAUUGACCAGAUCUUUUACUCAUAAAUAGAGAAGACAAUCUCAGUGAAUCGUCUAAAGUGUUAUGACCCAGCCGUUACAUACGAUCGAUAUAUAACGUUUUCGCUAGUGGAAAGGUAUUUUAGGU